UUAGGAUCCUGGCCCUUUCAAACCCAGGCCCUACUCCCCUUCAUCUCUCUCUUUCUCCAUGGCGACUUCUUUUUGUUUAUUAAUCCCAGCCAUCACUCUGUAGGGCAUUGCACCACCCUAGGCACCUUCCUCUCUGGACAACUGGGGCUGUCCUGCAGACAGCAACAAUAGCCUUCUAUAUAACCUUCACCUCCAUGACCCUCCUCUCAUCAAACCAAAACAAGAGCAUCUCCUUCUUUUCCAUCUCUCAAGUCUCCCUCAUCUACCAAUUAGCUAGAAACCAAUGGAGAAAGCAUCACCCAGAAACCUCUAUCACUCCAUCUCUUUGGCAGAACUAGUCUUUUUUCACAGAAUACUCAGCUGGUUCAUCAUGACACUUCAGAAGUUCUCCCUGAGAUACUUUUCCUUCCUCCAUUCCUAUGUCGAGCUCUUCGCUUUCUCAUCAGCAUUUCAUGAAGAUCAUCUAGUGAAGAACACACCAAGUCAGCCUAGAGAGGACAAAUAUCUUAGCAGAGAAGAUGUGGAGAUUGUUAUGAGAAGGAUGGGACUAUGUUGCAGCCAGGAAGAUGACCAGCUGGAGUGCAUGGGAUCUGAUGAGAUUUCUGGUGUAUUUGAGGAGGAGCCUAGUUUGGAGGAAGUUAAGGAGGCCUUCUGUGUCUUUGAUGAGAACAGUGAUGGUUUCAUUGAUGCAGUUGAGCUGCAGAGAGUUCUCUCCAAGCUGGGAUUCAGAGAAGGAUCAGACUUCGAUUCAUGCAAACGGAUGAUUGCGGUGUAUGAUGAAAACAAAGAUGGGAGGAUUGAUUUCAACGAGUUUGUCAAGUUUAUGGAGAUUAGCUUUUGCUGAUGUGUAUAUAUAUUUUUUUCAUUUUUCUUCUCUUUGUUCAUCCAAGUUGUAUAAAGAGAAAUCGAAUGGAAGUUUGAUCCAUGGAGACAAUUCGGUUACAUUU